AUGCUAAAUGCACUGGGCUUUGCGUUCUCUGACGCCUACCGUAUCUCUCGUGACCGAUCUGACCUUGACAGUGCCAUUCGAAUAUUCGCGGAUGCGGUAGAGUGGUGUCCGGAGGAGGACGCUGACGUGCCUCUAUCUCUGCAAGAACUGGCACGUUUGCUUUUUGAGCGUGACGGUGAUGGUGAUCUGAGGUGUCUCUGCUCGAUGCUUGCAGUUGCCGUUCGACUUUAUCCCUACAAUGCGAACAUUCUACGAUGGUAUGCCCACUCAUUGCACAGGCGCUUCCAGGACCACUCGCACGACCCCGCUGAUCUUGAGAAGGCUGCACAGUUCUGGGAGCGUUGUGUGCAGCUCACUCCAGAUAGUGAUCCGUCAAAGCCUUGGCACCUCGCCAACUAUUGCACAUGUCUUCGCGAGAUGCCGGAUUUCGAACACGCCGCCCGGGCUCGCAAAUGCAUCGCUUUGAUUCACGAAGCUAUUCAGCUCGUUGCGGACGAUAUCGCGGACAAAGUCCCCUUGAUCCACACCCUCGGCACUUCGCUAGUUGACGCCUUCCAGCGCGCUCGUAGCAGUCACAGUGAUAUUAACGAAGCAGUUCGGCUGUUGGCAACUGCUACUCGGUUGACACCACGGGAAGACCCCGAGUAUUCGAAAUUCUCGGUCGACUAUGGCAAUGCGCUCUGGGUACGCCAUCAUUGGGUCCGCGACGUCGGUGACCUCGAUGAAUCGAUCCGGGUUUUCGAGGAUGUAAUAAAGUCUAUGUCGAGUGAUCAUACACAGCUGCGGAGGGCACAAGUUAAACUUGCCCAUGCAAAGACGCUGCGUUACCGGUACAGCUAUGAUGUUUCUGACAUGAAUGAAGCUAUCGAGCUAGUGGAGGAAACCCAGCGAGUUGAGCCGAUUGAACAAUGCCAUAAAGACGUACUCCUAGUACUGGCGGAGGUACUUGCUUGGCGAUACAGCCAGUCAGGAAAUGACACGGACAUCGAGAGAUCCGUGCAGUUGUGGGAAGAUGCAAUCAAUAUUGCGGCAGACUCAGACGAGCAUUCUGAACUAUACAAGUAUCUCGGAGGGCUUGGCAUCUCACUCAUGAUACGGUUUGAAGCACUGCACCAAAGGAAUGAUAUCGACCGAGCAACGUCGGUCCUGGAGAGGGCCCUCAAGCUGAUACCAGAUAAUGACUUCCAUGAAGCGACAUUCUCAAUUGCUUUAGCUCAAGGUCUCUUCGUUUGCUUCCAACAAUUCGGUGAUAUUCAGGAUGUGCACAAAGCCAUGUUGCAUUAUUCUAGGGCUGCACGGUCAAGCUCAGGCAGCGCGGUCGAUAGAUUCAUCAGCUGUUGCCAGUGGGCCAUGUGUGAACGUGGAUUCUACGGCUGUCCUGAAUCACUGGAGCCGCAUUCCAUCGCGAUGGAACUAUUGCCUCAGAUGACCUGGCUUGGGCUAUCCAUAGCAGAUAGCCAACGUCUCCUGACCAACAUUGGACAGUAUGUCUUAGAGGCGGCGGCUGCUGCCAUACAUGAUGGAAGACCUGGUUUAGCACUCGAAUGGCUAGAGCAAGGAAGGUCUAUCAUAUGGGGCCAGAUGCUUCAACUCCGCACACCAGUGGAUGACCUAAAGGAAGCCUAUCCUGAUCUCGCAGUGGAGCUUGAACGUUUGUCCAAGGCGUUGGAGGCGAUGCGGAUUUGCGAUGAUGAAGAGCGCAUCAAGGGACCCUCUUCCCAAUUGGACCGAAUCUCUACUCAUGAAAUCGCUUACCAGAGAGAACAACUCGUCCAAAGAGUUCGGACCUUGGAGGGAUUUGAGACAUUCAUGUUGCCUAAGACCUUGUUAGAACUGCUCCCGGCAGCGAGUGGUGGUCCAGUGGUUACGGUGAAUGUUGGUUUCCUACGUUGCGAUGCCCUCAUUCUGCUUCCGGAUUUGGAUGAAGUCAUGCACGUACCGUUGGACAACUUUUCGUUCCUAAAAGCUGAAGAAUUAUGCCGAUUGCUCUCCACCUGCAUCCCGAACGAUGUGGUGUCUUUCCACGGGAUCGAAUAUAGCAACUUCCAAUUGCUGCAUAGCAUCCUCAAGCACAUUCUAUCUGAGCUUUGGCUUCAUGUGGUGAAACCAGUUCUAGACAGCCUAGCUAUUUCGGUAGCGCAUGAAUCUUAUGAACUCACUCGAAUCUGGUGGUGCCCAACAGGCCCUCUUACAUUUCUUCCUAUCCAUGCUGCAGGCAUUUAUGGUUCAUCUAAGGAAGAUUCCAAACUGCACGAUUUUGUCAUAUCAUCAUACACGCCCACGCUCACCGCCCUGAUCAAUGGUCGCCAUAGAAGUGUUCCGAGUCAAUCCAUGAUGCUGACCGUUGCGCAACCGUUCGCCCAUGGGCAGUGUCCUAUUCCAGAAACACACCGUGAGCUCGAUGUUAUCGGGAAGCGUAUCGGAGAAUUCACGUCCGUACGACUGGAGGAGGACGCCGCUACCAUCGAGGAGGUCGUGAAGGCCAUGAAAGAAUCUAGUUGGGUUCAUUUUGCAUGUCAUGGCGUUCAAGAUGUGCACAACCCGACACAAGGUGCAUUGUUGCUUGCGGGGAGCUCACGAUUGACGUUAUCGCAGAUCAUGUCAUUGUCCCUCCCCCACGCCGAAUUUGCGUUCCUCUCUGCCUGCCAAACCGCCACGAAUACGGAGGCGCUCAAGGAAGAAGCUGUGCAUCUUGCAGCCGGGAUGCACUUUGCUGGCUAUCGCGGUGUGGUCGCGACGAUGUGGUCUAUCAUGGAUAGUGAUGCCCCCCAGGUGGCAGACGACGUAUAUGCCCACCUGUUCAGAGAUAAGCAGCCGGAUGCAGCCGAUGCAGCGUAUGCUCUGCACAUCGCCACGAAGAAUCUUCGCGAGCAAGGUAAACCGCUUCUGAACUGGGUACCUUUCGUUCACAUGGGAAUCUGA